UAAAACUAAACGAAUAGUAAAUAAACAAGUUCUUCUUUUCUCUCCUGUAAAUAUCACUUGAUUUAAUAAAAUAAAUAUCCACAUUUCCUAAACUCCAGUAAUACAUUUAUUAUUGUCUGAACCCAAAACAAAGCUGAAGCAAAGCCCAGUCAGUUAAUCCACACUAUCAGCUCGAUUCACUCAGCAUUAAUGGGCCGAAAAUGAUUAAAGAUCAGCCCACAGAAGAAUUGAUGAGCUAGCCCAGCAAUGGUUUAUAUGCUUCAUAACAAAGAGUUUUCUUUUUCAGCUGACCACAGACAGGUACGGCCUCUUUCUCUCUCACACAGUCGCACACCAAUUCUGUAACGCUUUGAAACAUGGCUGCUUCAGUCUGUAGAGCUGUCUCUUUGAUUCGAUCAACCAUUCCCAGAACCCAUUUAUCCCGUUCUUAUUUAUCAUCCUCCAUUUUCCCUUUCCCCAUUACUCAACCGAAGGUUCCCAAUCUUUUUUCGCUUUCAGCAGAAUAUUCCUCUGGUCUAGAGUUAAACUUUUGCUUUUGUUAUAUUCUUUUGGCAGGUUACGAGUUUUCCCAAGUUCGUGUCAUCUUCGACGUCGUCAAUGGCUUCUGGGGACAAGGAAUCGCCUGCUAAUAACCCAGGUCUCAACCCUACUCCUGAUGAAGCCACCAAAGGUUACAUCAUGCAGCAAACUAUGUUUCGGAUUAAGGACCCACAAGCCAGUUUGAAGUUCUACUCUGAAGUGUUGGGCAUGUCAUUACUUAAGAGGUUGGAUUUUCCUGGGAUGAAGUUCAGCUUAUAUUUUCUUGGAUACGAGGACCUGUCAUCCGCACCAAGCGAUCCUGUCGAGCGUGCUGCUUGGACCUUUGGCCAAAAAGCUACAAUAGAACUUACUCAUAACUGGGGUACAGAGAAUGAUCCCAAUUUCAAAGGCUAUCAUAAUGGAAACUCAGAACCUCGAGGCUUUGGACACAUAGGUAUCACUGUUGAUGACGUAUACAAGGCGUGCGACCGAUUCGAGCGUUUAGGAGUGGAAUUCGUGAAGAAACCGCAUGAUGGUAGUAUGAAAGGGAUAGCAUUCAUUAAGGAUCCCGAUGGCUAUUGGAUUGAAAUCUUUGACACAAAAACAAUCGGCACUGUUGUUUCGGAAUCUGUUUGAUUUUGUAAGAACGGUUCAUAAUUCUGCUUUGCCCUUCAUUUGAGGCUCUCUAGUGCUUUAACCUUCUCCUUUGGAGCUUUAGACUACCUGAAGUGCAUCCAAGAGAGUUUGAGAGGGUUUUUCUACAGGUUCUGGUUUAGUAUCUUGUGUUGGUAGAACUAUUUGCAUUACCCUGGGAAAGUAUGAAUGGUGAUUUAUUGUAGAAUGCUCUUAUGGUCUGUUCCUGUAGCUUGAAUAAACUCACAUGUUGAUGUUCGUUGAUGGAUUAAUGUGAUGGUUGUAUUUAGUUUAAGCUCGGAAUGGCAUUAGGGUUGUUUUCCUGAGCCUGAAUGGCCAAGCAGAAAACAAAGCAUUGCAUGAUUUUCUUUUCUUUUUUUUUUCCAAAAAAUAAAUAAAAUAAAUAAAUAGAUAAAUUUAGCAAC